AUGUCUGUCCUCAGCACUGUCGUAACCGCCAUCAAAUCUUUAAACAGGACUUCCCCAUACCAGAAUAUCUUGACGGUAUCCCCGGAGCAAACACAACAGCUUGAAAUAGUAAAACGAGAGGAUUUUCCAAAUGUGCGAAUGAAUCUAGCGGAUAACAUCUUUUUGCCCGAAGAGAUGGCCGUGGCUUGGAGCCAUGUUGAGACCCUGAGAGGGAUCGAUACGCUCACAGGCCUGGAAUGCCGUCGUCGUCAGGACCUUGAGUCUAUCGCCCAGAAGCUGGGCACUCACACCUGCCAACAACUUGACAUUGCCCGGCACCGAAUGGAUCCUGUCUUGAAUCACAUUGAGCCCAUGAUACAAACAAAUGCUGAGGCGCAGGCUCAUUUUCGGACAGUCUUCCUUGGCGCAAGGAUCUGUAAAAGGCUGUUUUCCGAAGCCGGCGUUGCUUCCGGAUGGACAGAGGAGGUCCGCCCGGCGCUGAUGGCGUACAUGGCUAUCAUCGAAGAAACCAGGCAAACAUUCAUCAAGAUCUGUGGCGACAGACACCACGCUGCACCUCCUGACGCAACCAAAGCAAGCACCAGUUCAAAAUCGGAAUAUAUCAGGUCUAUUUUGAAAACGUCAACGUCAUCAUCUGGCCAGAGCGUUUCUUCCUCGGGAUCCUAUUCAGAACUCUUGGUGCAUCCUCUGCUUAGGGAACUAGGCCUCAGUGAAGAGUCUUUGUUCAAAAAGGGCUUGCGACUUCCAGCCACCAAUGCCAAUCACCUUUCAUUGGACAGUUCAGCAUCGUCACACCCCCCCUUCCCAAUUUGCACAAUUCAGCGCGAAGAUAACCCGUCAUUAUCUGCACUCACACAAAAAUUACAUGACGGUGUUCAAACAACUUCAACCAUACCUGACCAGGCAUCCUUCAACUGCCAUGAUGUUGCACAUACCCUUGAAGAUUCAGCAGAGAGAAAGCUUGCCGAAGCACCUGAACACGACAUAAAGAUAAAUGAUACCGCAACUCAAGAUUGCAAAAAUGGGACCCAGGAUGAAGAUGCUGAAAGUCCAGGCCGCAAUCAUCCUGCUUUGAAAGCUGCCAAGUCCUCAGUGACUCUUCGACAGCAGAGAAAGUACGACACACUGCCAGAGAGGACCCCGAACUUGCUCAAGCCAACUUGGAGAUCAACAGAGGGAAUAUUCGCCAAAUUCAGAGGACAAGACGAGGAUAUCAAAGUGGCUGCCCUCGGCAUCCCUUCUGUUCCACUUACUGCCUCCCAACGACGCCCAUCAAAAGCGGUGCGAUUUUCUGACAAGUAUAUGAACCUGGAAGACGGAGAUGAAGGAUCACCGACGACACCUAUGCCGGAAAAUACCGAGAAAAGCACCGAGGCAAGGGGAAGACAGAACACCGAUCCCUCAUCAAAAGCAGCAGCUACACUGGGACUGCCAGAACUUGCAAAGCCGCUGCAGCAGAAUCACCGAAAGGGAGACCUGUCUGCUUUGGUUCCCAAUCCAAGCUUAGAUUCAAAAAAUGCCACGCUGAAGGUUGGGACAAACGCUGUCGCUGGAAGUGGCUACCGGGGACAAGGUGGCGGCUUGACCCUGUCACCGCGACUGGGCAAGCUGGCCUUUGAGAUUGCCCCAUCGGAGUCGCGCAAGAAUCUCGAUUUUGAUGUAAAGCUCUUUCAGAGACAAUCCCUUCUUGUUGCAGCGAAAUCGCAGAUCGAAAAAGACAGGGAAAGAAUGAACAACCACCAAGCCAGCGGACAAGGAGAGGACGGCAAAGUCGCAGGACCGGCUUCCAGCAUUUCUCAUUCCAGCAUUCGCAGCAAUGGCAGCACUGCAAGCACUGCAGCGAGCUUUUCUGGAUUUUCCCUGUUUGGUGGCAACGACCAACAGCAGGAAAACGUCCCGUUCUUCCAUAGUCUUCGGCGGUCUUCACGCAGGCAUCAGCAAAUGCGCUCUGUGACGCAACCUGCGACCAGCCUUAAGGCCGCAAUAGACCGAGGCAUGAACAUGGGAACGAGCCGGAGGGAGGUAUCCUCCGCUAGCGAACCGGCAGCAGCUUCCUUGAAGCAAGACGACAGCAAGGGUGACAGCAGUCCUUGUGCAACCAUGGCCGACUUUGGCCUACCGCAAGUGCCUUUGGACAUUGCCGGGGGAUACAUGCUAGGCCACGAAACAUCCAAGGUCAAUCGAGAAAAACGUGACGCGUGGUUUCAGGAACAGGCCGCGAUAGAGAUUCGCAAUCGCAAGGAGGAGCAGCGAAGGGCCGCCGAAAGGGAGGCAGCGCGUAAGCUGGCCUUGCGGGAGAAGGAGGUAUUGCGAGAAGCAGCUCGCGAGGCAAAGAAACAGCAGAAGUUGGACAGCCAGGGCGGGAUGUCGACACUCAGGGGAUGGUUCACGUCGAAGAAAGGUCCUGGAAGGACGCGGCUGUCUCGCAAGAUGUCUAUGGACCAACACGAAGAGCCAUCGGAAACAGGAGCAGGUGGAGAAGGAUGCGAGGCGGAGACAGACUCCAUUAUGACUGAGUCCGAGAUGGCGAACGAGUCGGGUCUGGAGAACCGUGUGGCUCGCAAGGGCAAAAAACCACUCACAAAGGAGGAAGCCUGGGAGCUUUACUCGAUCCGACCGCCUCUCAAACGGCACUCCAAGAAAGAUUUAACGUCGAAAACCGAUCGACUUGCAUUGUCUCCUGAAAUUCAGGAGGGAGGCAAGGAAAGCACGGCGAUUUUGGCGCUGCGGCAGCUGGGGCCGAUAUCACCACCGCCGAGUGCACCACUUCCUCCUCUUCCAGCAUCUGCCAAAUGGAACCAGGAACCAUUGACGGACUCUGCGCUGAUUCAAGUGGCGCAGGAGACAGCUGCUCACCAAACUACCUCAUUGGACUGUCCCGUGGAGACCAGCCUUACAAGACCCGAUACUCCGCAGUAUUCAAAGAUGUCCGAGACAGCUGCUUCGUCGCCGGAGUCGCGUGUAGCAGGAGGGGACAGUAACGAGAGCAGCACCAGCGACGAUGACACAGAAGACAUGGGUGAGGACGCCGAUACGGCCGUAAAGGCCGAGGACGAGGAGAACGAAGACGAAACAGACGAAUCUUCUGCUUCUUCAGAAGCGGCACGGGAAGAUGCCUCUGCAUUUGUGAAAUUGGAGGCAUCAGAGAGCGAUGGCGAGGGCGAGGACGAGGAGGAUGAGGGAGAGGAAGACGAGGACAAGGACAAGGAUGAAGAGGAGGAUAAUGAGGAAGAAGACGGGGAAGAUACCGAAAGAAGUGCCGUUAAAACGGAGGAACCUGAGAGCACUAGCGAAGAAGGAACAGGAACUUCUACUUCUGCGUCUAUUUCCGAAGCAGUUGUGGAUGCGGUGGAGAGUGAUGAGGAAGACGGAGCCGGUGAGUUAUCCUCUGGGGAAGAUAUUCCACUGCCGCGCAGACGGCUCUUCUCGUCAUUGGGUACGAAAACCAAGCCAACGCCCGCACAAAACGACAGCCUGGCCAGGCAUGCAGCCCAACAUGAGUUGCAGCGGGAUGCGGCAGUUGAGGAUGUGGCGAUGCACGACGCUGAGCCGGCCGAAGACCCGCCACGAGACGACAGCGGCGCCGGCGCGAAAGAGGUGUCCGACGAGACAGCGGCAGAUACGUAUAGCAGCUCCGACGAUAGCAUGGAGGAUAUUCCAGACGUGCUGCCGGAAGGCACCGCGGUCGAUCAUGCCGGGGACUACGAAUGGCCGGCCGACAGCGAUGCGCAGAGCCCAGACGCCGAAUCGGACCACCGGACGGCAACCGUUGCAGUGACGAACUCGAAGCGACAACCGGUGGUCAAGAGCGCCAAGAAGGGCCGUAAGCAGGUCCCGAAGCCGAGUAUCCUGGAGCGAAAUGGCGAAGAAGACAUCGAAGUCCCAGGCACGCAAACCUCGUCGAUACCCAGCACACAGCCCCACGAGGCAGGCUUGAUCGAGAAUACGGUCAAAUCACCGAAGCUGGCGAGGAUGAGAAAACCGACAAAAAACACGCCGUCGACACCAGCCGGACCGGUUGCAAAGACUGCAGCCAAGAAGGUGCAGCGGACACCGGCAUUACAGCAGGCGAAGACGCCAGGCUCAUCCGGCGUAUUCUCGGCGGAGAACUUGCGACAUCUGGAGGAAGUGGCAGCGGGAAUGAUCGACGAGCGAUCCCUGACGCAGCACGAGUUUAACGACAUGGUGCAAGAGCCGGCGGCUCAGCACAAGGAGCUGUGGAAUGCGAUGCAGGAGGCGUGCCCCAACCAGGCGCGGAAGAAUGUGAUGUUGCGGUGCCGGCGCAUGUUCCAUAACUACAAGGAAAUGUACCGGUGGACGGCCGAGGAGGACGAGGAGCUGGGAGAGAUGGUGGAGAAGCACGGGCACAAGUGGGCAGUGAUUUCGGGGCUGCUGAACCGACACCGAGAGGACGUGCGCAAGCGAUGGGAGGAGCGGGUGGUCUGCAUGCAGGACGGACGGCUGUUCAACUGGAAGUUUGAGGAGGAGAAGAAACUGGCGGGGAUUGUGGGAGACAUGCUGCGGACGAUCCAACAAUCACGCGGACAGGACGUGUUGGAGGUCAACGCAGAAGCGGUGGCGGACCUUUCGUGGACGCAGGUGAGCGAGCGGAUGGGACACACACGAACGGCACGGCAGUGUCGGGUGAAGUGGAACGACGUGCAGGCGGCAUACCAUUUCAACGAUAGGGGCGAGUUGAUUGGGCCGCCGGCACCAGCAGAGCCGACGCCAUCGCAGAAGCGAGCGGCGACGAUUGAGGCGAUGGGGAAGAGCAAGUUGGACGCAGAGAGAGGCAACGGCAGCGGCCACGGCAGCAGAAAAGGCAGAGACGACCAGAAGGACGAGCAAUGGCCGGUGCUGUUUGCGGGCGACGGAUACGAGAAUGGCGAACAAGUGCCGGAGACGGCGCGCAAGAUCUCGGACAGGGUGCGACGACAGCUGCGACGGAUGAGUGCGGAAGACAAAUACCGACUGAUCAAGUCGAUCCGGCAUUCGAAUGUUCUCAGUGAGCGCAAGAUCCCGUGGACGCGGUUGGUGGACGAGACAUUCCGCAACCGGUGGCGACGACCGACGCGCGAGCUGGUCUGGAGCCGACUGAAGCGGACAGUGCCUGACUACGAGAAGAAGUCGGUGCAGGCGAUUGCGAAGUACCUAGUGGACCAGUAUGACCAGCAUCAAAAGCUGGGCGAUGCGUGGGACUACGACUUCGACAGCAUUGGCGACAAGGACUUGACUCGACCUCGAGCGACAAGAGAAUCGGCAGCAGGACCGCCACGAUUUGGCCGUGCAAACAGCAAACGAGGAGCUGUUUACAGGGCGUAUAAGAGCAAUCGGCUGGUACUGGAAGAGGACGUGGAGGAUGAUGAGGAAGGGGAGACAGAAGGCGUUCACGACGUGUCGGAACAGGCAGAGCUGUCAGCAACGCUGUCUGGACGCCGGCAACACAGCAGCGUGCGAGAAAACGAUGUGGACGUGCCGGAAUCAGAAGGAGAGACAACGAGGCGGAUCCGAAAGAGAAGAGCAGCAGCCGAUCCGUACUUCUUUGACGAAGACGGCGAUGGAGGGCUGGCAGCAGACAAGGGCGAGGCAGAAGCGACGGCAGAGGACGAGGUCGGAGAGGCAGACGCAGAGAAGGCGGAGCAAGGAGAAGAAAGCGAGGAUGUCGACAAGGAGGCAGAAGGUGAAAGCAGCCAGAAGAGCAAAGGGCGCCGAGGGAGCAUCGACCUGGGCGUGGAGACGGAGCUCCCGGCGCUUGUAUGGCGGCCAUUAGCAUCAGGGUCGACAUCGCAGGACAGUCUGGGCGGAUCACAGCCAACGCCGGACAGGUCGAGCAAAGCGGCAAGACUGGAGCUGGGCCGUCUGAGCGGAUCACAACCAACGCCGAGAAAGUCGCAAUCACAGCAGUCUAAGCGGAGGCGACCGGCAGACCGGCUUGUCGAGGACGAGAGGGUGUCGGCAUCGGCGAAGAAGCAGCGGACAAAGCGGUCUUUCGACGUCAUGUGCUCCACCAAGUCCCCUCUUUUCUCUUCUCUCGGUCCACCGAAAGGGGAACGACAAGCGAUAAGUAACGACGACAGCCCAGCGCCAUACAGCUCUUCUGACGCGGCUGACAAGGACCAAGCGAGAGAAAAGACUGUGCGACGGAAAAGACGACAUUACUCUUGCAGUUUACAAGACUUUAUUCGACCGACCAUCGAUGCGUCUGCUCUCCUGCCAGCAAACGAACAAGCAGUCGACGCGGCAUCGAAGGAGCAACAAACAGAGCGACGACGAUACGACGACAGCGUGCCUGUGCAUCCGAGCGGCAGCGCCAUGUCCCACACGCAGGCAGCAGCGGCGGCAGUGCAGCCAACGCUGAUCAACAUACCGCAGCCGCAGUCGAAUCCGGACACGCCGUCAGAGAUGCCCGGCACGCCAACGAGCACGACGACAUCGCUGUCUGCACUGUCGACGACGGCAAUCAAGGAUGGUCAGCGCGGCGGCGGGAUCAAUAACGGUAGCGGCAGCCACGGCGGGCCUCGAGGCCAUCAGUACCACUCAUCGGCCAACAGCCUGGAAGCGGAGCGAGCGGACCGGAUUUCGCGUCUGACGGGCCUGUCGACGGUGUCGACGCUACGGGCAACGCGCGGCCAAGGAAGCCGUAUGGGCAGUGCCGGACGCGGUGGAGCGCCACUGGCGACGCCUCCAGGCUCAGCGUCUUCGCUGUCGGGUGGGCCAGGGUUUGCGCUCUCGGCCGUGCCGGGACCGUUGACACCGGCCUUUUUCGAUGCCCACGGCCAGCCGGUGGCGAUUACGAAGAUGAGCACAGUCGGCACAGCCAGUGCGACGGCCAGCCGGACAAACAGCGUCAUGAGCGGCCACACGCUGGGAACGGUGGAUGGUGACGACGACGAGGAGGAUGAUCUGAUGCUGAUGGACGAGGACGACCGGAUGAGCAGCGGCUUGGGCGACGAAGGCGACGACGACGACCCGGUGGACGACGACGACGACGGCUCGGCCAGCCUGGUGGGCUUUGGCGAGGGCGCCGGCAGCACGAUCUCGGGGCCGAUCUAUCAGCGUCAUCACAAUCUCGGAUUCGGAUUGGGACGGCAUGCUGGCUCGUCGGCCGGCGCCAUGGCUGCGUCGACCAUCUGGGCCGAGCAGCAGCGCCAGCAGCGACGGCUGCAGCAGAUCCAGGACGAUGUGUUUGUCGAUCGGGCCAUGGCCUCGUCGCCUACAUCUGCUGCUACCGGUCCGCUGCCUUUUGCCUCUUCUUCUUCCGUCAUCCAGGCCCAUCCCAGCGCCCUGCGCGAGACCCAGCGACCGCGCUCCCAUCAGCAACAGCAGCAACAGCAGCAACAGCAGCAACAGGGCCUCACACGUGAGCGCGUCGCCGCUGAACAGAUUCUGCGCAGCCUUGGUCGCCUCGACGGCCACGAGCGUUCGGUCUCGGCCUCGUCCUCAACCGGCCAGGAUCACUACCAGGCCUACCAGCUGCAGCAGCAACAGCAACAACAACAGCUGCAGCAGCCAGACCCAGCCCAUUACCACUACAGCCACCGGCACGCCAACAGUGGCAGCACGGCCAGCAGUCUGGCCAGCCCCAGCCACAGGAUCAGCCGGCGAUCCGGUCGGUUCAUCUCUGACGAGAGACGGUAA